UCUGAAGUUGGUAAAAAGUGAUUUAUUAAUUUGACAUGUCGAGUCAGGAUUAUAAUGAUGCAGAAUUCAUCAUCAUUGGUAUCAUUCUCCCCAAGAUCAUCUUCAUCAUCUACGUCAUCAUCCACAUCAUCAUCAACGAAUAUACAAAUACCAAAAUCACUAGAAAAAAUUGAUAACGCAAAUGAAAUAUGGAAAACAAUAAAAAAAAGAUUUCCAAAAACUGCACCAUUAUUUAAUGAACUUGAAGAAUCACUUGAUCGUGCUAAAAAUCUUGUAAAAAUUAUAAAAACAUCAAAUUAUCAAGACCUUGCUAUUCAAGUUUCAAGCAGCACAAUUGAAGAUAAUAUAUCGUUGAAGGAAGAAGAUAAAAUUGAUGAAAAAAAUGUAUCAAUUGAUAAAUCACCAUGUCAGUCAGUCUAUUCAUCAGAUGAUGUACAACAUUCAAUGGAAAUUGCUAGUCUAAAAGAGUGGGAGGGUUUUGGAAAUUAUGAUACUAUAAAUCCUUCACUUUUAUCUAUAAAAAAUACAAAAAAUAAUAAAGAAUUACUUGAAGCAGCAAAUCAAGUUGAAAAAAUUGAAGCAAUUUGUCCAAAUAAUUCGCGAAUAAUUGAUAAUAUUAUUGACAAAACAAUGAACACAAUAGCUGUUAUUAAAAAUGUUGAUAAAAUUUGUCAUUUACAACCAACAAUAACAACAAAAGAAGCAUUUUUUGGACCAGCACAAGAAAGAGUGUCUUCAAAUGCUGAAAUAUUUCAUAAAGAAAAAGUUAAAAUUGUCAAAGAAAAUAUAGACAGUCCAAAUUUAUCACCGAGAGGUAAAAAUACUGAUAGAAAAAGUCCCUCAAGAAUUCCAAAAAAAACAUUUCGUAUAAAUGAAGUUAAAAAUCCAGGUAAAAUUAUGACAAAUAAUUAUCAUCAAAAUUCAUUGAGAUCAGGAAAUUCAAGGAUUAAAAAUUUAUCAAAUUUUCCAAACAACAAAUUAUCAAAUUCUAAGACAAUUGGAGAUAAUAAAAGUCCAAAUAAUUCAGCACGUGAAAAAAUAAAAAAUGAAAAAAAAUAAAUACUAACAUCAGCA